AUGGGCCCCUGUACCGCCUCCUCAUGCUGCUGCCAGGCCCGUAAUCUGCCAUGGGCCCCUGUACCGACUCCUCAUGCUGCUGCCAGGCCCGUAAUCUGUCAUGGGCCCCUGUACCGCCUCCUCAUGCUGCUGCCAGGUCCAGAGUGUGUCAUGGGUCCCUGUACGGCCUCCCAUUGCUGCUGUCUCCAUCGCCACACUCUGCCAUGUGCCACUUUCAGGUCUCCUCACACUGCUGGUGGUUUCCAUUUUGUCAUAGGGUGCUGUAUGGCCUCCCAUUGCUGCUGCCUCCACCGCCACACUGUGGCUCCACACUCUGAUUUGGCCCCGUGACUGCCCAAAUGAGUGAAGUGUGCGGUGAUUCUAAGAUCGACGGCACUCAUCUGCAUGUCAUACUGACUGACAGUAUUAUUUCUCUUCCCCAGCAGACUCCAAGGGCAUUUAAAUUAAAGGUACAGUGUUCUGCACUAAUAUAA